GCCUUAGAAACACCUUCUGGUCUACAGUACACACAGCGCUGCAUUUCAGGCUCUCAGUCUUAUCUCCUGGUCAUAUCAGCCGCUUCAGAUCAGAUAUCUCUGUCGUCACGGGACCUUUGCACUUUUAAAGAAUUUUAAGACUUUGGGAGAUGAAGGCGAAGGCUCUGUCAGUGAAGGAGUGCAUCUGGGUGUCAGAAGAGUGCCAUCCGGUGGACAAGCUCAGCAGAGACACCAGCAUGGAGAGCCUCUGCUUACCAAACAUCUUUAAGUCCAGGAGGGUCAAGCCUCUCACCAGGAUUCAAGGUGGACCUUCAUACCAGGUCUACUACACUGCCAGAGAGCUGCUGCUGAAAGUGCUGGACAAAGGAGCCGUGCGGGAGUUGAUCAGGAGAGCAGCUGGAGUCAAAGCAGGAACUAAUCGUCCUUUACACGGUCAAAGUAGAGAACAGGGCACAGAACUCUCCGAGGAGGAAUAUGCCGAGGUGUUGAAGUGGUUCUCCAUAGUUCUGCAGAGCGGGCUGUCUGUGGGAGAGGACGGCAGCUUUGAUUCUGAGCUGACCACAAAACUAGACGGAUGGCAGGGGUUUCUGAAGAGAAACAGCUUCCAGAACAACCUGCUGUAUCUGAGCAGAAUGGAGGAUGCCGACAAGCUGGAAGUUCUCUCCGCUUUCUGUGACCUCCUCAGCAGACGAUUCCAGGCCUUGUACACACCGGGACAAAACCUAGCUGUGAAGAAAUACCAGCUGUCAUACCACCAGACCACCUGCCCACUCCAUCUGGCUGUCCUGUGUGACUUGGACUCAGGCUUUAUCUGCAACAUGUAUCUGUAUUGUCCACACCAGCUCCAGAGGCUGAGCAGGAAACCAGUGAUUGAACAUGUUGUUGAGUGCUUGCUGAGACGUUUCCUGAACGAGAGACGCCUGGUUCAGCUGGACUGCUCUGCGUGGACGGCAGGAAGAGUCACAGACUUCUUUUCGGACUUUGGUGGAAAUAUCAAUUUUGUUGCAGACGUUAGAGGGCUAGGCACAGACUUCAAAUCUUCACCACCUUCACACAACAUGGCACAAGAGCAGAAACAAGCACCUCAGGACUUCCUGUCCCAACUGGUGGCCCACCUGCAGGGCUGGACCGGACCUGUUCUACUUCCUCUGUCAGACCUGAAAGGAACAACGAUUGAUGUCUUUCUCCCAGGUUUCUGGGCCGUGCUUCAUACGAUCUGCAUCAACACAUUUGUUAUCCAUACACUGCAGAGCCAGGGCUCAGGCAAGCAGGUCAACCUGAAAGAGUUCACCAAGACUCUGGCCUCUCAGGUUCCCAUGGCUGAAAAAAGUGUUGCGGUGCCUGUUUUACCACGGCUGAACAGCAGUUCACAGCAGGAGACAGGUUUUCCAAACCUUCCUAAACAAAGAGUUAACAACACUGCUGAUUGUAGACAGCUGCAGGAAAAUGAGAGAAGAAGAAGCAGCGGCGGCUCGGCCAAAAGACUACAGGUGUGGAACAAACCAGGAGUGUGUGGUUUGGACAACUUUGGAAACUCCUGCUACUUAAACGCAGUCUUACAGUGUCUGUGCUCCACCGUGCCCCUCGUUGAGCACCUUCUUCAUCAAGACACGCGAAAAGAGCUCGCGAGGUCUAAAUGUCGAGCAGCAGAGGUGUUUGUCCGCCUACUGGAGGAGAUGUGGCUGGGGAGAAGCUCCCGUUGUGGCCCUGUGGAGGCCAGAUCUGUGCUGUGCUCCCUGCUGCCACAGUUCAACAACUAUUCCCAGCAGGAUGCACAGGAACUGCUGCUCUUUCUGCUCAAUGUGCUCCACGAAAACCUCAAAAAGGCAGCAAAGUGGCAGAUGCGACAGCUGAGAAAAGGCCACAACAGAAAUGUUGCCAAUGCUACCGGAGAACCCACCAUUGUCUCACAUCUGUUCGAGGGCCAGCUGACCUACACCACCCUCUGCAUGCACUGCAGUUACCAGGCUGAGAACACGCAGACCUUCACUGUCCUGUCUUUGGCCAUUCCAUCAGACGUGAUCAAGUGUUCCAUUCAGGACUGUCUCUCACUGUUCUUUGAGCAGACCAUCCUGAGCGGAGGAGAGAAGAUGUUGUGUUCAGUGUGUGGUCUGAGGAGAGAAACUGCUGUCCUCACCUGUUUGGAAAAACCACCUGAAAUCCUAAUGCUGCACCUGAAACGGUUUGGGCUCAAGGGAAAGAACCACGUGAAACUGAGGACUAAUGUGGUGUUUUCUAUGAAGCUUGAUCUCAACCAGUUUCUCUCAUGCUCAAGCCAGAACACCUCUUGUUCCUCCUAUCGUCUCUAUGCCGUUGUGAACCAUGCAGGUCACCUGAACAUGGGUCACUACACAGCUCUCUGCCACAACACUGUGACCAGCACCUGGCACUGCUUCGAUGACUCUGCUGUCAGAGAGGUACAGGACAGCUUUGUUCAGUCUCCAAAUGCCUACCUGCUGUUUUACAGCCGGAAGCCAUUCAAACAUCCCAAGAUCUCUGGACUCCACUGACAACAUGGGGAAAUCCAGUUUUGACCUUUCACCUUCAUCAUGUCUCCCAUAUCAAUAAAGAAAAUGAAUUGUUGCCUUGUGUCCCUGUUUAUUUGUGUUUUAAAACCUGUUGUUACAUGAGCCAGUCUGUAGCAGUCUCUCCUGAAGUAGUUAAAAGGUUUUAAGAAAACAGCUGAGGUACGUUGUCAAAAACUUUAUUUAUUGUGCGGUUACACAGUAAGCUACGUCAGAUGAUUCUCCACUUUUAAGGGUAAUUCUGCACCAGGAAAAGCUCUAGUCCAGGCAGGAACCAGCUCCCGGAGUUGGCUCAUGCUUCCAUUGCAACUGCUUUCUCAAGUCAAAAAGUUCUCUGUACACAGUUAACUUUGAAUUCAAAACAUUUUGGAAUUGUACAGUAGGGUCUUCGUCUUUUGCACCAGGUCAAAACAUGAUUCUUUGCCUCCUCAUUUAAAACCCUGACUGAUUAGGACACAGCUAAAUCUUUGACAAAACUAGUCAAAAUUUCACAUCUCUUAUAUUCAAACAACCCAGGUAAUGUUUUACCUUGACAUGUUCCGAUGGUGUGCUCCAGUCUUCCUCAUCAAGAAAGAAACUUAAAGUAUAUUUUAACUGUAAUUAUCAAAACAGUAUAAACCCAGUGUGAAGUCAUAACUGAAUGAUAUAUAAGCUCUAAUCUGUUUAUAUAAUAUUUUUAAAUACAUUUUUGUUACCUGCUUUGCUUUAAAUCACGUCAACCUCAAGGCCCGUGGGCUGAAUCUGGAUGAUUAAGAUAGUAUCAAAAUACUAUCUUAAUCAUCACUAGGUGGAUGAAAUACAGUGUACAGUAUAACACAGGCAUGGCAAGUAAUUCACCUUUAUUCUAUAAUUUUAAUUCUGGUGUACCAAGUGUGUGUUUACCACAAACUACAUCUUCCAUAUUACAUGCUGAUUCCAUGACCAAUGUCCUGGUAUAUGUCGAAUGGAAAUAUCAACAAUCACUCCAACAAUGUCCAACAUGUGGAGGCGAAUUAACAUAAAGGUUCCCAAACUAAUAUGGGAAAAAUCAGUGUGCCAUUUGUGUCAUGAGGCCUGACGUGCCAGUUGAUGGCGCUGCUCAGAUCUUACUAUCAUUUUACCAUUCAACGUUUUACUAUAAUUGAGAAAAUACCUGUAACACAGUAAUUGACACUGAAAGACUAGUUAGAAGCAGUUUUAAUAAAUAGUUGUACGAGUUGUUAAAGAUUAAUAUAAUCAUUAUAUCUGAAAGAAAUCGUCUUUAGAGCAUGGAAAAACCAAAUCAACGUGUACAGUAUAAAAUAAGAGAUUAUGUUCUCAUGCUAGACAA